AUAAAAGUAAGCUCUCUCUAGUUGUCCUCAUCUCUCCACAAUUCUCUCCUCCAGCUCGAGAGCUCUCGUCACUCAGAUCUCCCCAUCUUCUCCGAUUACACCAUUCCCACAGUUUUCAGAAACCUCUAAAUUAUUUUUUAAAAAUCAUUCCUUUUUUUUUGUUGUUUAAAAACAAAAAAAUGGCGAUUUAAAAAAACAUUGAUCUCUCUCGUCGUUUUCUGAUAAGAGAUUCUGCUCUCUAGUCUUCCAUAAGAGAUUCUGCUCUCUAGUCUUCCAUUGCUCUGUUCGAGAUUAUAUAUCUGACGAAAUUAACUAAGUAAAUUGUAAAAUAACAAAAAAAAGUGUGGAUCUUUGGGAAACAUAAGGUUGAGAAUUAAUACACAUGCCAGCCUUUUUCUGCUUCUUCUUCUUGGUCGCUUUAUCUUCAAGUUUUCCCGCUCUGUCUUGAUAAUAAAACUCUCAACUAAGCCAAAGUUAAGAGUGGAGAGAAAGCAAAAGUUGAAUAGAAAGAGAGAGAGAAGCGAUGAACACUAGUGUUCGAGCUGCUCUUUCCUCCAUGAAAGCUCCUUCAAAGCAUGACACCAAUCAAGAGGACAAGAAGAAGAUGGAGAGUAAUGGAGCUGUUGCUAAUUCAGGCAAAUCUCUGGUUAAUAGGCGUCGAGCUAACAGAGAAAAGAAAAUGGAUUUGCUACAAGAUGUUGAUAAGCUAAAGAGGAAGCUGAGACAGGAGGAGAAUGUGCAUAGAGCAUUGGAGAGGGCUUUCACUAGACCUUUAGGGGCUUUACCUCGUCUUCCGUCUUACCUUCCUCGACAUACAUUGGAGCUUCUUGCUGAAGUAGCUGUUCUAGAAGAGGAAGUGGUUCGGUUAGAAGAGCAAGUUGUAAGCUUUAGACAAGGUUUAUACCAAGAAGCUGUUUACAUAUCUUCAAAGAGGAAUCUGGAGAGUCCUAAUAAUAGCAACAAUGGUUUGAACGAGAAUUCGCCUGUUAGAAGCAGUUGUAGUAAACACCAGCGAUCAAAAUCCAUGUCGCAACACGAGUUCAAUUCUAUGAUCACUCCCCCUAAAAAGCAUCAACAGGGUCAUCAUAGUCUUAGCAGAAGCAUCUCAAGUAGGAAACUCUUCUCCUCUGAUCAAACAGUUAAUGACCGAAGUGGUGGUCAGAGAGUGGUUAAUGGCAAACAAGCGUCGCCUAAACCAAAUAUAAGCAGUGUUACUAAGCCAGUAGAUGUAAGGGGGAAAGAGAACCAGAUCUCUAGUAAUGCUUCAAAAGACAAGAAGAAUAAAGAAUCACCUGAGAAGAAGAUUGGCAGGUUCUUGACAUCUGUGAAGAAGAAGAAACCUUUGAUCAAACCGGAGGCAGCAGCUGAUAAACACUCAGAAUUGCAGGUAGAUGAUAGAUUAGCAGAUCAAGACAAAGCACAGGAGAGUGUUUCAGGUUCAUCUUCAGAAGACAAAACACUGCAAAGUGGAAAUGUAGCAAACAGAGUUUCAGAGGAUUUACUGAAAUGUCUGGUGACUAUUAUCUUGAGGAUCAGCUCGUCGAAGGACAUUGUCUUGGAUCCAUAUAGUAACUGUUCAGAAUGGAGAACAAGAGAACUUGGUGCAUACAAGCAUCUUUGCUCUGUUGAUGCAUCUUCAAUUGAUCUUGGAAGAAGAAUCAAUGCUUCAUUUCUGAUCCAUCGUCUCAAGUUCCUGCUUAAUAAGCUUUCCAUUGUAGAUCUAGACGGUCUUAGCCACCAGCAGAAGCUUGCAUUCUGGAUAAAUACUUAUAACUCAUGUGUGAUGAAUUCAUUCUUGGAGCAUGGAAUUCCGGGGACCCCUGAAAUGGUUGUAGCACUGAUGCAGAAGGCAACGAUAAUCGUAGGAGGACACUCUCUGAAUGCUAUCACAAUCGAACAUUUCAUCUUGAGACUUCCAUACCACUUGAAAUUUACUUGUCCCAAAACUGCAACACAUGAAGAGAUGAGAGCUCAUAGCACAUUUGGAUUGGAAUGGUCAGAGCCUCUGGUCACAUUCGCCCUGUCCUGUGGAAGCUGGUCCUCUCCUGCUGUAAGGGUGUACACAGCAGCUAAUGUAGAGGAAGAGCUAGAAACGGCAAAGAAAGAUUAUCUUCAAGCAUCAGUUGGGAUAUCAAAGAAGAACAAACUAAUGCUUCCAAAGGUAUUAGAUUGGUAUUUAUUGGACUUUGCCAAGGAUUUGGAAUCAUUGCUGGAUUGGAUAUGCCUUCAAUUGCCUGACAAACUAAGAGAAGAAGCAAAUAAGUGUAUGGAGAGAAAGAACAAAGAAUCACUAAUGGAGUUGGUUCAAGUAGUACCAUAUGACUUCAGUUUCAGGUUGCUUUUGCAUCAAUGAAAAAUGUGAUAUAAUAAUAUUUGUAUAGAUUUGGUUGAGAGGAGGGUAAAAUUAGAGAGCGCAAGAGUUAAAAUUUGUUAUUGGUUUUUGGUUGGCUGAGAGUAUAUAGAUAUAUGGUUGUGUUCUUUACUUAAUAAAAUUAAACUAUAAAGGUGAUGUAAUAAUUCAUUUAAUU